UUUAUAUUUGUUAACCAAUCACUGAGCUUAUGAUUUUGGUUUACAUUAAACGACAUGAAACAGAAUGUUCAAAUAGAUACAUCGUAUUAUGUUGCUUAUGCCGUCUUGAACUGUGGGGAUAUGUGAGAAUCAUAUUCCGUUGGAACACAUUGUCUGUAUCACACCACCACAGUGUAACUGAAUUCAUGUAGCUUAUUAAAUGUGUAGCUGUAUGAACACGGAGAAAUCAGGACAACAAAUUCAUCCACAUUAUAACGGAUUGAUUCAACUCUUUAAUCGGCUUCCGUUCGUUGCUGCUCUAUAGAAAAUGCGUGAAUGCAUCAGUGUACAUGUCGGCCAGGCCGGAGUUCAGAUGGGAAAUGCUUGCUGGGAGUUGUACUGCUUAGAACAUGGUAUCCAACCUGAUGGACAAAUGCCAAGUGAUAAGACUAUCGGUGGAGGAGAUGACUCGUUUAACACAUUCUUCAGUGAAACUGGGGCUGGGAAACAUGUUCCACGAGCAGUGUUUGUAGAUUUGGAGCCAACUGUUGUAGAUGAAGUGCGAACUGGUACUUACCGCCAACUAUUCCAUCCUGAACAACUGAUAACUGGAAAGGAAGAUGCUGCCAAUAACUAUGCAAGAGGUCAUUACACCAUUGGGAAAGAAAUAGUAGACUUGGUUCUGGAUCGCAUCCGAAAAUUAUCUGACCAAUGCACAGGGUUGCAAGGUUUCCUCAUAUUUCAUUCAUUUGGUGGAGGCACUGGAUCUGGGUUCACGUCUCUACUGAUGGAGCGUCUGAGUGUUGAUUACGGCAAGAAGUCCAAGUUAGAAUUCGCAGUGUAUCCAGCACCUCAAAUCGCCACUGCCGUAGUGGAGCCAUAUAAUUCAAUUUUGACAACACACACCACUCUAGAACAUUCAGACUGCGCAUUUAUGGUGGACAACGAAGCUAUAUAUGAUAUUUGCAGACGUAACUUAGAUAUCGAACGUCCUACUUACACAAACCUCAACCGGUUGAUUGGUCAAAUUGUGAGCUCCAUCACGGCAUCUCUGCGUUUCGACGGUGCCCUUAAUGUGGAUUUGACGGAGUUCCAGACAAACUUGGUUCCUUAUCCACGUAUCCAUUUCCCCCUGGCCACCUAUGCACCCGUCAUUUCGGCAGAGAAGGCGUACCACGAGCAACUGAGCGUUGCAGAGAUCACUAAUGCUUGUUUCGAGCCGGCCAAUCAAAUGGUAAAGUGCGACCCUCGUCAUGGGAAAUACAUGGCGUGCUGUAUGCUGUAUCGUGGUGACGUGGUUCCUAAGGACGUCAAUGCAGCCAUUGCUACCAUCAAGACGAAGCGUACCAUUCAGUUCGUGGAUUGGUGUCCCACUGGUUUCAAGGUUGGCAUCAACUACCAGCCCCCAACUGUCGUUCCAGGUGGUGACUUGGCUAAGGUACAGCGUGCUGUCUGCAUGUUAAGCAACACAACCGCGAUCGCUGAAGCUUGGGCUCGUCUGGAUCAUAAAUUCGAUCUGAUGUAUGCUAAGCGUGCAUUUGUUCAUUGGUACGUCGGAGAAGGUAUGGAAGAAGGCGAGUUCUCUGAGGCUCGUGAGGACUUGGCUGCGUUGGAGAAAGAUUAUGAGGAAGUUGGAGUUGACAGUGUUGAUGGGGAAGGUGAGGGUGAAGGAGAGGAGUACUAAAGUUUUACACCAUUUAAUGUUGUUUCCUGUUACCUGUUCGUAAUACAUUUUACAUGUU